AUGCCCACAAAUGGACUGUUGCAUUUUGAUGAAGACGAGAACUGGGUUUAUAUGGAUCCGGAAAAACUCUAUUACGGAAAUCAGUUCACGGAUAUACUGACUGUUGCGGUUCAUGAAAUUGGACACACGCUUGGAUUGGAUCAUUCGCGUAAUCAACGCUCUGUUAUGGCACCGUUUUAUCAGAGUGCAAUCGAUGAGUACGGUAAUUACGUCGUGCCGAAACUGGAUUCUGAAGACAUCGAGAAAAUUCAGGAUAUUUACGGUAGAGCCCCAGUCGAAGGAACUGAUCUGGAACUUGAGGACGAUACGCCAUCAAGCGAUGAUGAGCCUACAAGUACACCGCUGAUUCCAUCAACUACACCAGGUGCAACUGAAAAGCCGCCAGAGGAUGAUGGCCACACUAAAUCCGACAAACCGCAAAGCCCAACUCGUCGUCCGUCAUCGGAAGGUCCACACGAUGUCGGUCCGCCUUCAACAACCAAAGCGCCAACACGAUCCGGUGGACGCCGUGUACCACCGGUGAGGAGUGGUGAUGGCCGUGGAGGCAUCGUAUUCACAUGGACCUCAUGGGGUCGUGGUGGAGAUGGAACACCACAAACAGGCAGCUCUCGUACUCGUUUAAGAAAGGAUUUCCUCGAACGACUUCUUGAGAAACUGGUCGGUGAGGUUGUCAUUAUUCAGAUUUUAUUUUCAGUUGGAGCGAUGCAGACAGCUAGUGUACCAACUGGAUAUACUGCGAUCGGUUCGUCGGACGGCGAUCAAGAAUUCGUCGGAAGUUCUUCGUUGACGGCCGAUCAGUACUUGCGACCACAACGACCGCUCGGUGCAUCCAUCAGACGACCCUUCUCCUACUUACUUCCCACUAACGCACCCAAUGAUGCAACCUCCAUUGCAUCAAACAAUACCAGUCAUUCAACUGACGAUCUACUUCGUGAGCAGAAUUUGGCCAUAAGAUAUCGGUUUUUCAACCGUCUUGAUCCGGGUGGUGGCCGUUUGACAAUGCCUGAUCACAUUGUUCCCAACGAUUUCUUCUCAGUACUACCUCUGGAUGAUUUCAAAGAUGAAUCCGGGAAACAAGGCAGUAUUGUUACUAUUUUUUCAAUCUGGAAUACGAUGAUGGGUUCAAGUCUUUUGGCAAUGCCAUGGGCUAUACAACAAGCCGGACUUGCUUUGGGUGUUUUCAUUAUCCUCCUCGUUGGUGCACUCAGUGUUUAUUCGGCAUACCGAAUCAUUCAAAGCCCGUCUGGUCUCUGUAAGUUAUUCAAAAGCAUCGGUUUUGUGCAAAUUCUCAUGAAACAAUCAUAUUUGAAUCGUGCAAUUCAGUUUCCAUGUUUCGAAAUUAUCUGCUCAUAA